UGAGAUGUAUUAGAAGCUCCAAAAUUGUAAUUUGCUGUUUAUUUUUACAUAUUUUGCACAAGAAAAAGAUAUCAGCUUGAUGCGUCCAUAACCUUAUCUUGGGAAAAGAACUUUCAUUUGAUACUUGUCUGCUUUGGACAUAAAUCUUGCAAAAAUAACUAUUAUACUUAACGAUGUCGAAAGAAUUGGAAGAAAAAGGAAAUGCAUGUGUGGUACAGAAUGGAUCAGUAUCGAAAAUACAGAUUACGGUCACUACUUUCUGCGAAGAUGAGAACGGAACGCUGGAUGAGAAAGCUGCGACCACAAGUUCAGCCAAAAUCGACGGCGAAGAUGAAAACUCUAACAUCUCGUCUUCCCCUCAAGCGCAAAUUGUUCGCAAUCUUCUAGUCUUGUCCUUUGGACAGUUCCUGCUGUUUAUGGCAUUUGACACGAUGUCCAAUCUGCAAAGUACCAUCAACGGCGACGCCGGUGUCGGAGUUGUGUCUUUAGCCGUUAUUUACGGAUUCUUGACAUUUUCGUCUCUGUUUCUGCCAACGCUGAUUAUCCGUAGUCUUGGAUGCAAGAAGACCUUGGUGUUCUCCGUCAUCAGCUUCUGUCCGUACAUCUUGGCCAAUUAUUACCCAGCAUGGUCAACGCUUAUUCCAACUGCUGUGGUGUGUGGGCUGGUUUCUGGACCACUGUGGUCCGCAAGAAGCACUUACCUAAACGAAAUCAGCCACCGCUAUGCGGAAAUGCGAGGGUCUUCUGCAGAGGUUAUGAAUGCUUGGUUUUUCAGUAUAGCUACCACUAUUCAACAGAACACAGAAAUUUGGGGAAAUCUGAUUUCGUACUUUGUCCUGAUGAAAGAGGAUGACCAUGAUUCGUACAUCUCCACCGCUGUUUUGGACCAUUGCGGUCCCGAUUUCUGUGAUGACACUGGAUUUAGUUCAAACCCCAACCUGUCACCCCCCGCGGACGAAAAGCGCUACAUUUUAGUGACCAUUUUUACCGCCCUGAGUCUCAUGGCGGCGUUCUUCAUGGUGUUUUUCUUGGACCCUUUAGAGUCUGAGGAGUCAAAAGAAGACGAAAGUCACCAUAAUUUCCGCCCGAUGGACAUUUUUGCAACAUUUAAGCAAAUGGUAAAAGUAGAUCAGUUGCUUUUAUUACCCUUGUCGUUUUAUACUGGUCUCGUGGAUGGAUUUUACAAUGGAGAUUACUCAAAAGCAUACGUGGCGUGCGCUUGGGGGGUACCACAUGUUGGAGUGGUGUCCAUUUGCUAUGGUGUGGUGACGGCCGUGGUGGACAGUGCCAGUGCUCCCACUGUGGCGGUGCUGGGCAGAGUUGGGGUCUUUCUUGUGGCAGCCCUGGCCCAUUUCUCGCUCUUCAUCUCACUAACUUUGUGGAAGCCUUCCCCGGAACACACCACCACCUUCUUUCUCGUGGCUGGAGUGCAUGGGAUUGGAAAUGGCAUAUGGAUGUCCCAAAUCGUAGCUUUCUAUGGAUACAUCUUCAAGAAGAACGAAGAGGCAGCAUUUUCCUGCUUUUAUUUCUGGAAUUCUCUCGGAUUUCUAGUCGCAUACAGUUACAGCAGUUACUUCUGCACUUACAUCAAACUAUUCAUCCCUGUCGUUAUGCUCGGUAUCGGUCUUCUGUGCUAUUUGGUGGUGGAAAUUAGGAUCGUGAAGAAAGCCUUGGCUGCCUACAACACCAAAAGAGUGCAGUAAUUGUACCACAAGAAUUGAGCGUGUCCAGUGUUGAUAUUUAUUUGAAUGUAUGCUGUAUGAAAUAUGGAUGUAUAGGCAAGGACGCCCCCCGAACGAAAAUUUUUAGGAGGACGGAAAGCCUCAAUUGCCGAAAGGAACUCCAAAUUUCGCCAAAUCAUGACAAUUUUGCCAAAUGGAACUCCAAACUUCGCAGAAUGAUGAUCCUUUUGAGGAAUGGAACCCAAAUUUCGCCUAAUAGUGAUAAUUUUGCCGAAUGGAACUCCAAAUUUCGCAAAAUGAUGAUAAAUUUGACGAAUAGAAUUCAAAUUUCGCCAAAUCAUGAUAAUUUUGCCAAAUAUAACUCCAAAUUUCGCCAAACGAUGUUAAUUUUGACGAAUGGAACCCAAAUUUCGCCAAAUAGUGAUAAUUUUGCCGAAUGGAACUCCAAAUUUCGCCGAAUGAAGAUAUUUUUGCUGAAUAGAACUCCAAAUUUUGCCGAAUCGUCGGACAAAAUUGCCGGAAAGGGAAAUUUUUGGAGGGUCACGGUGACUACCCAUGACCUCUAACUGGAGCGCCCCGUAUAACAAAAGGUUUCCUACUGAAUGGUAAAAGUGAACAGCAUAGUAUAAAUUUUGUUGUUGAUUUAUUUAGUCGCAAACCAGUGAAGAAGAAUUUCACGACAAGCUCACCUAAUCCAGGAUUACCUCACAAACUUUUAUUUGUCUCUUUGUUUCUUGAAU